AAUAAUAACGUAAUAAUGACUAAAACAAUGUAAACAAAUAAAAACAAAGUAAUCGUUGAAAUCAUUUGGACUUUUGUUGACAACAAUUGAAUUUAUUAACAAACAAAUAGUUGAAAUGAAUGAUCAAAAGAGCAAUCAAUUUCAAUAUCAAAGUCUUCAGCCGAACCCGAGUCCAGAACCCAAUGAUUACCCGAUAACACCCCCGCCUUACACACCAAUUGCCGAUCAAAACUCCUAUUAUCCCAAUCCAUCAAACAUUGGUUUCAUUGGUACUCAACAACCAAUAUAUGGACAACCAUUGCCAUCACAAGAAGCACAUCUGACAAGUUAUGGUACAAUUAUCCAAACGGUUCCACAGACAGUCAUUUUGGGCUCAUGUCCUGCUUGUCACGUUGGUAUCCUUGAGGACGACUUCACGUGUUUGGGUAUACUUAUGGCAAUACUAUUCUUUCCGUUGGGAAUUCUCUGCUGUUUAGCAUUUAAACAGAAACGAUGUCCUAAUUGUGGCCUAACUUUUGAGUAAACAAUGAUCUGUUUUUACUAAUUGGUUCACUGAUUAUAUAAAAUGUUAAUUACAAUAACACAA